AUGUGGAGUCAAGAUGAGUUCCCAGCGCUUUUUACAAUUUUACUACUAACUGUACAGAUAAAUACAGUGGGCUCAAAAGAAGCAUGUAGUUCACCAUAUUCUAACCUUGCUGGAACUGUCUACAAGUCCACAUUUGCUUCUUUUGACCCAGACUCCGAACUCUAUAGGACAGACACAACGAUAGAAGGAAUAAAUCAGGGAACUGAUCAAAACUCAGGAGUCAUCAUUACCUUUGUUAGAUCAGCAGCUACUCCUGUUGAUCUUAACUUGAAUAGUCUAUUCGAACUGAUAACCUUACCAGUAUCAAACUCACAAUUUGGGAGUAGGACUUUUAUCCGAUUAAAAUCGGUAAUUGACAGCGGUAAUAACACAAAGGAAGCAAAGAUUUACCAGAUGCAGCUAGAAAUUCGAGAUAUAAAUGAUAAAUCACCAAUAUUUAGAAAUGCUCCUUAUUCUGCUUCAGUCGUUGAGGUCACAAAAAAUGAGGCGAGAACUCAAAAUCCAAGAAUUGGAACUGUACAAGUCACGGUUGAUGGCAGAGAUCUUAAUGACAACCCUCUAAUAUUUCGGGCACCUAGAGACGUUGGCAAUAUAGAGGGAAACAAUCAAGUUCUACCGGACAACUUCAACAAUCAUCCUCCAGUUAUUCAGGCUGUGCCUUCCCCUCUACAGUUUUUGGAAAACAUCCCAGUGGGGACUGUUCUUCUUUCUAAUAUUACACUAACAGAUGCUGAUGCACAGAUUGUAGUCACUGUGCAGGACCGUGGAGAGCCCACAUUGUCUGAUUCUACCACAGUCACCAUCAGUGUGGUUAGAAAUACAGCUCCAUUUUUCCCAGCUCCUAAAUCCAAGACGGUCAACAUCCUCAAUAGCCAUCAGGUUAAUACAGAAGUCACCACCUACACAGCUAAAGACAGUGAUAAUGAGCCUCAGUUUAACCAGGUGACAUACUCUAUGGUAACAGAUGCUACUAGUGGUUCCCUGUUCAGACUGGACUCUAACAGUGGACGGAUUACGUUGAUUAGUUCCCUUACAGCUGAUGAUGCUUCUCAAUAUUCACUGAUCAUAGUAGCAAGAGACAAUGGAGGUUUAUCUGAUACUGGGAUAGUUGUUGUCAAUGUGAACCGCAAUAAUUUUGACCCACAGUGGCUUCCAAUUGGUGGACCCUACAGUGCAGCAAUCAGUGUUACUGAAAAUAGACCUGUCCUAGAAACUGUUUACACCCUUUCAGCUCAAGAUUUGGAUAUUCAGGAACCGGGUCAAACUAGAGUCUACACCAUUUUAUCAACUGCUAGUGCUUCCCAGCAUUUCCAAGUCACAGGUCAAGGACAAGUCCAAAUCAUUCGUUCUCUGGUCAUUGAUCGGUCUGUCAAUCAGUAUGUGCUGACCAUCCAGCUAAGAGAUGGUGGAAAUAGAGUAGCAGCACAGCAGUUUACACUGACAAUAAACAUCAUCAGAAACUCUAAUCCUCCAGUUUUCUUUGACACUUCAUAUUACAAAGAAAUUGAAGAGACAUUAACAGUAGGCUCCAGUAUUCUACAAGUACAGGCCAGUGAUCAGGAUCCUGAACUACAGUUCAGAACAAUUACCUACACACUGUUAGCUACCAUUGCUGGAAAUAACCUGUUUUCUAUGGAAAUGGGGACUGGCAUUGUUAGAGUAAAGAGUGCAUUGACUAGUAAUCCAACUGUUACAUUUGAUAUGGUAGCACUUGCUGCAGAUGGCGGUAGCCCUUCCAAGUCAGCAAACGCAAUGGUUACAAUUAAAAUCAACAGGAACCGCAACACUCCAGUGUGGAAUACACUGAAUUAUCAGACAGUCAUCUUGGAAACACUGCCAGUGGAUGUACCCUUAACUCUUAGUCCAGGUGCACUAACAGCCACAGACAGUGAUGCCCAGCCACCCAAUAACCAAGUCAACUACCGCUUGAAAGCUGUUGUUGCCAGGUCAGGAUCUACAACAUAUCCAAGUGAACAGGGCAACUUUGCUGUCAGUAGCAGUGGACAGGUGACAGUUAGAAGUCCAUUAAAUGGACUAACUGCCACAACUUAUGAGUUGCUUGUAGAAGCAUAUGAUUUGGGAGAUCCGUCCAGGAUUAGCACAAGCAAUGCCACAGUCACUGUUAAUGUACAGCGAAACAGAGCACCAUCUUUCCCCUCGUCAUCUUAUGCCUUUACAAUGAGGGAAGAUGCUACAGUCACUCCUCAAACCAUAAUUGGACAGGUUUCUGCAACUGAUCCUGAUACUGGAGCAACUACCAGUCAAUUGAUAUAUUAUGCUGAAAUAUGGUUUAUUUUUUCAUUUGAUCAGAUACCUCAGUUCAAUACAUUGUCAUAUGCCAUCGAAUCUUUGGGAGUGGGAUCACCCGCUAUAUAUUUUAACAUGGACUCCAAUGGCCGCAUCACAUUACGGAAUCUUGUAGGAGGAAUAUCCCAUUCAGAAUUCCGGUUUCUAGUACGUGUUUCAGAUAAUGGAGUUCCAUCCUUGUCUGAUGAGGCGGUAGUUACCAUAACAAUAAACAGGAAUCUGUGGGCUCCAGCUUUUAAUCCUCUAAAUUAUGCCAUCACUAUUCAAGAAAAUCUUCCAGCAGGAUCUGAAACAGGUGUUACAGUGUCAGCAACAGAUCAAGAUAUAAAUGCAAUCCGUUUACCCCAAACAAUCAGAUUGAGUUUUCUGCUAUUGGGGACCACACGGCUGUGCAGUACGUACUUUGAUGUUGUAGCAAUCUCUGGGAAAGUUUUGGUGAAACAACCAUUAUACACUGCAACAGCUACUCAAUACCAGCUGAAUGUCAGGGUAUCAGAUAAGGCAGAAAAUCCACUGACUUCCCAACAAACUGCUACAGUAACUAUCACUGUGGAACGAAAUCUCUUUGCACCAGUGUUCCAGAAUCUGCCUAGUAUCCAGUCCCUUCCUCGGACCUCUGGAGUAGGCUUUAAUGUGUUCACUGCUUUUUCCAAUGACAGUGAUACAAAGUCUCCAUUCAAUGUUGUCUCAUACUCCCUGGUAUCUGGAACCAAUGAAUUUUCCAUCAACCCAACAACUGGUAUUGUAACCCUGCAGACAAAUUCACUUUCUCGGGCUGAGUAUGUGUUGACAGUGGAGGCCAGAGAUGGAGCAAAUAUCCCCAGGAGGACCUACUCCUUGCUGACACUAAUAGUGGACAGUAAUUUGGCCAAACCAACCUGGGUGAGACCUGGCGCUGGUGAUUCAUAUGCAGCUCAAGUGACAAUUCAGGAGACUCAGGACUACGUCACUUCAGUGUAUGACUUCCAAGCAAGUGAUGCAGACAAUGUGAGCCCUUACAAUACUGUAAGAUAUGUGGUGGAGGGUGAAGGAAAUGCUCCAAAUUUCUUCACUGUGGCUGAUAAUGGACAAACUUUCCUGAAAACUUCUUUACUGCAACGAACAGAAACACAGUUUGUGCUGUUGGUAAGAGCAGAAGAUGGUGGUAAUCCCCCACGGCAAGCAGACAACAAAGUCAGACUGACCAUCAAUAUUAUAAGGAACAACAACGCUCCACAGUGGCAAAACCCCAUGACAUCAGCUCUGAUCUCUCAACAAGCUGCAGUUGGACAGGCUGUUGGAACUUCUCUGUUGGCAAUAGAUUCUGACGUCACUUUCAAUGUUGUAAGAUACGAGAUCAUUGGGGACGGUAAUGCUGGAGCUUUCUUCACCAUUCCUAACCCAAGUGUUGGGCAAAUCACAGUAGCAAAUUCCUUGGCCUCGUCAUCGGACCUGAUAUAUUAUAUCCGUGUGCGAGCUUAUGACAAUGGGGUUCCAGCAAAAGACAAUGUCACUGUUGUGACUGUGACAGUGGAAAGGAACAACUUUGCACCAGAGAUCACCACCCCUAAUGUUGCUGAAAGAAUCCCCGAGACACAAGAUCUGGGAGUUACCAUUGCCACAGUGAGGGCUCAAGAUAGGGACACACAGGUUCCACACAACCAGAUCAGAUUCAGAUUGUUUGUUACACAGCCAGCUUCUGAUUAUUUUGAUCUGGAUAUUUUAACUGGAAACCUUUAUGUGAAGAGGGAACUUACAUUAGAUACAGCCACCAGAUAUCAGAUGCUUGUACAAGCUUAUGAUAUGGGGAGUCCCUCCAAAACCUCAGCAACUAAUGCCACAGUGACAAUAGAUGUGUACAGGAAUUCACAGACCCCAUUCUUUACUGGUGGACCAUUUAAUGCCAACAUUCCUGAGACCACUGUCGUUGGAACAUCAGUACUUCAAGUCAAUUUUGGAGAUUCCGAUACAGAUGCUCCAUUUAACACUGUGACUGUGUCGGCCAUUGGAGAUGACAAAGCUCUGACUUAUUUCCGUCUAGAAAGUAAUGGACGUUUGGUUGUAAACAGUGAUUUAACUGCUGAUGCAGAUACUGAAUAUUUGAUGAGAAUUUUGGCCAGAGAUGGUGGCUCUUCAUCUAGAACAGCAACAACAGUUGCUACUAUAACAGUUCAGCGCAACAUCAAUAAUCCAGCCUUUGAAAGACAGUCUUACAAUGAAACCAUUCUAGAGACAAGACAGCUAGGGCUUUCAUUUUUGCAAGUGAAAGCUACAGAUAAUGAUCGAAGGGCUCCAUACAAUACAGUGCGAUACUCCAUUAGCUCUGAUGCUGGAAGUGCUCUUGGUGCUCAGUAUUUUAUGGUGGAUGAAGUAACAGGAAACAUAAAUCUUCGCCAGUCACCCAUGCUGGAUAAUGCAAGAACCGUGGAUUAUACAUUCAAUGUAAAUGCAGUGGACGGUGGUGGUCUUCAGGCAACACUCCCAGCCAGUGUAAGAGUGACAGUGAUUCGAAACACCAAUGCUCCAGUGUUCACCAAUCUACCCAGAGAAAGCCUGAUCAAUCACAAUACUUCAGUGGGAGCUACAGUCUACACAGUUGCUGCAACAGACCCUGACCCUGGUGUGUUUGGACAGCUAACAUACUCUCUAACAGGGGAUGGAGAUUCUCGAAGUGUAUUUGCCAUAAAUCCUAACUCAGGGGCAAUCACUCUGCAGCAGUCAGUUUUCCAAGGAACCACAACCCUGUACACGUUGAGGGUGCGAGUACAGGAUGGUGGCAGCCCAAGUAAAGAAGCUGUCAGUACUUUGACUCUCACUGUGCAAAGAAACUUUGAGGCUCCACGUUUUGUACAAAGUAGCUAUUCCAUGACUGUCAGAGAAGACAGAGCUAUAGGAUUUUCAUUUGGUAGACUUGCUGCUACAGAUUCAGAUUUUGCAUCCAGUGAGAUAUUCAGAAAUUAUAUUUUUUUCAAUUCUACUGAAGUCGGAUGUGACCAGAUAAAGUUUGAUUUUCUAAAAGCCGUUGAGGGUUUUGGUAAAGAUAUUAAAUAUAAAUGUAACAUAUAUGUAUUUCAUUUUCAGAGUCCAAACAAUGUAGUUCAGUACUAUUUCACUGCAGCUACACCUUCUGAGAGGUUUUUAAUCAAUCCUACCACAGGAGAUGUUAGCAUUAGAAAGGACCUGACGACAGAAGAAACAAAGACUUAUACUUUCCGAGUCCAAGCUGCAGACUCGGGUUUUCCUCGGAGAACCAGUCCAGAAAUUCCUCUUACCAUCACUGUCCAAAGAAAUGAUUUUGACCCCUUAUUUGGCAACCUGCCAAACAGCGUAACAAUCCGAGCAGAUACUGCACAGGGUUCAACUGUUUACACUGUUAAUUCAACUGAUGCUGACACUGUUAAUGAUUUCCAGCGUCGGGAGUAUGAUAUUGUUGGAGAUGAUGCAGCCACUGGAUUGUUUACCGUUGAUCAGACGGAAAGAAUUUUUACCACGACAGCACUGACUAAUGAUCCAUCAGAGCAGUAUAGGGUUCGAUUGCGUGUGAGGGACUUCGGAACACCUCGACGAUCGUCCACGGGUGUACUCCUGGUAAAUAUUGUAAGGAACCUGUUUAAUCCAAGUUUCAUUCCUACUCAGUAUCAACAAACAAUUCCUGAAACUCAGACUUUAGGGGCCAGCAUACUACAAGUGACAUCUACUGAUGCAGAUACAACAGCACCAAAUAAUGUACCUACCUACACCCUCACUGGAAAUGCUUUAGGUCUACAGUAUUUCCAAGUUAAUCCUGGUACAGGAGUUAUCUCCCUAUACAAAGAUCUAAGAGAUGAUGCUGCGGACACACAAACCUACACUUUUACUGUGAGUGUAAGAGACAAUGGUACCCCAUCGUUAACUGGAACAAACACUGCCACAGUGACCAUUCAAGUCAACAGGAAUUCUCAGCCUCCAGUGUUCCUAAACACACCAUACAGAUCCAGUAUAACAAGGUCUGUCCAGGACAACUCUGCCAUACCUAGAGUUAAUGUAGCAACCACUGAUGCUGAUACAGUGAGCCCCUUCAAUGUCGUCACAGUGACAGUGAUUGGAGAUGAUUCAGCAGCGAGUCUAUUCAGACUGGAUGGAUCCAACAUUCGGGUUCAGAAUGCAGCCAAUUUGGCAGCAGGCACUGCUAAUACUUACAAGUUGAGAUUAUUGGCAGAAGAUGGGGGCUCACCAAAGAAAACUGCCACAGCAACAGUAGACAUUACUGUAAAUAGAAACCUUGCUGCACCCCAGUUUAAUCCUGCUACAUACAGCCAGACUAUUAUAGAGAAUUUCCCUGUUGGAAGUGAAAUUGUAACAGUAACAGCCACAGACAGUGACCCACAGGCACCAAACAACCAAUUCAAGUUCAGUCUAAAAGGUGAUACAAUUGCGAAGAACUACUUCUACAUUAGUCCAGACUCUGGUCAGAUUUCUCUCAAGCAGACGAUAAGAGGAACUGGUUUCAAUCAAUUCAAGUUACAAAUCAUUGCAACUGACGAAGGUAUUCCGCCAUUGCUUGGACAGGGCACGGUGAUUGUAAUCAUUACAGAUUCACCUUAUUCAAACAACAGCUGUGAAUCAAAUAUCUAUGCACCAAUAUUUACUGCACCAUUAUAUUUUGUUAAUAUACUGGAGGGAGACUAUUCGAUGAAAAAUCAAUUGCUCUUACAGGUAUGA